GUUGUUGACUGUAUGAAGUGGGCGGUUCUGUCCAAUUCAUGUAAUUUCUUCCGGUUGGAAUGAAUUUUCGACUGUGCUGUGGUUCACAAAAUCAAGACAGUCUGCAAAGGAGGAGGGUCGAUCCUGCUGCACAGCUCCUCCUUGUGUGUCUGCGAUGGCGUCGAGCCUUCUGCGUGUGGUGGCUACCAGCUGCUCUGCUCCACUGUUCAGUGUGGUGGCCUGUGUUCGGCUGCAGGCUAGUGCCCGGUCAGUGAAGACGCCAUGCCUGCGCUUCUUCAGGACUCAGCAAGCUCUCAACCGCUGCGCCAGUCCAGGUAUUCCCUAUAAGCAGCUGACGGUGGGUGUACCGAAGGAGAUCUUCCAGAAUGAGCGUCGUGUGGCUCUGUCCCCGGCCGGAGUGCAGGCCCUUAUCAAACAGGGCUUCAACGUGGUGGUGGAGUCUGGGGCAGGAGAGCCCUCCAAGUUCCCCGAUCAACACUACAUCCAGGCUGGAGCCACCAUCAAAGACGUCAAAGAUGUCCUGGCUUCUGAUGUGCUGGUCAAGGUGCGUGCUCCCGUCUUCAACCCUGAGCUAGGAGCCCAUGAGGUGGAGCUGAUGAAGGAGGCAGCCACUCUGUUCAGCUUCAUCUACCCGGCCCAGAACCCUGAGCUGAUGGACAUGCUGUCCCAGAGGAAGGCCACUGUGCUGGCCAUGGACCAGGUGCCCCGCGUCACCAUCGCACAGGGCUACGACGCUCUCAGCUCCAUGGCUAACAUUGCAGGAUACAAAGCUGUGGUGCUGGCAGCCAACAGCUUCGGGCGCUUCUUCACUGGACAGAUCACUGCUGCUGGGAAGGUCCCACCUGCUAAAGUGCUGAUCAUUGGAGGAGGAGUAGCAGGUCUGGCUGCUGCUGGUACUGCCAGAGCCAUGGGUGCUAUCGUCAGGGGCUUUGACACUCGAGCGGCAGCCUUAGAGCAGUUCAAGUCUCUGGGAGCUGAGACUCUGGAGGUGGACAUUAAGGAGGCCGGCGACGGCCAGGGCGGCUACGCCAAGGAGAUGUCCAAGGAGUUCAUCGAGGCUGAGAUGAAGCUGUUUGCUAAGCAGUGUCUGGAAGUAGACAUCCUCAUCAGCACGGCACUCAUCCCCGGUCGCAAGGCUCCCAUCCUGAUCACCAAGGAUAUGGUGGAGAGCAUGAAGGAUGGCUCUGUGGUGGUGGACCUGGCUGCUGAGGCUGGAGGAAACAUCGAGACCACGGUGCCUGGAGAACUGUCUGUACACAAGGGUGUGACCCACAUUGGCUUCACCGACCUUCCCAGCCGCCUGCCCACCCAGUCCAGCACCCUGUACUCAAACAACCUGACCAAACUCAUCCGUGCCAUCAGCCCUUCUACUGAGAACUUCAACUAUGAGGUCAAGGAGAAGUUUAACUACGGCACCAUGGACCAUGUCAUCAGAGGAUCUGUUGUCAUGCAGAAUGGAACCAACCUCUUCCCAGCUCCUCUGCCCGAUAACAUCCCAGUGGCAGCCCCUCCCAAACCCAAGAGCAAGCAGGAGCUGGCUAAGGAGAAGGCUGCUGCCGUGUCCCCCUUCAAGGCUACCCUGACCACCGCUGGCAUGUACACUGGAGGUCUUGGCACCAUGUUAGGCCUGGGCCUAGCUGCGCCCAAUGCAGCCUUCACUCAGAUGGUGACCAUCUUCGGCCUGGCUACCAUUGUGGGCUACCACACGGUGUGGGGGGUGAGCCCAGCCCUUCACUCCCCACUCAUGUCCGUCACCAACGCCAUCUCUGGCUUGACAGCUGUGGGCGGUCUGUCUCUCAUGGGGGGUGGCUACGCCCCCUCCUCCUCUGCCGAGACCCUGGCUGUCGCGGCUGCCUUCAUCUCCUCAGUCAACAUCGCUGGUGGUUUCCUGGUCACCAAGAAGAUGUUGGACAUGUUCAAGCGUCCCACUGACCCUCCAGAAUACAACUACCUCUACUUACUGCCCACUGGGGUGUUCGUUGGGGGUUAUGGCGUUGCCAUGCAGGCUGGCUACAACAUUGAACAAAUGAUGUACCUGGGCUCUGGUAUGUGCUGUGUGGGAGCCCUGGCUGGUCUGUCUAACCAGUCCACUGCCCGUCUGGGUAAUGCCCUGGGUAUGAUGGGGGUGGCGGGGGGCAUCGCUGCCACCCUGGGCUUCCUGAAGCCCACCCCGGAACUCCUGGCACAGAUGAGUGCCGCCAUGGCUGUGGGUGGCACCGCUGGGUUGGGUAUUGCUAGGAAGAUCCAAAUCACCGACCUCCCCCAGCUGGUAGCUGCCUUCCACAGCCUGGUGGGUCUGGCUGCAGUGCUCACCUGCGUGGCAGAGUACAUGAUCGAGUACCCUCACUUUGCUACCGACCCGUCUGCCAACCUCACCAAGAUCAUCGCCUACCUGGGCACCUUCAUCGGAGGGGUCACAUUUAGUGGAUCCCUGGUAGCUUAUGGGAAACUGCAAGGUGUGCUGAGCUCCGCCCCCCUCCAUCUUCCCGGGCGCCAUGCUAUGAAUGCUGGGCUAAUGGCCUCCAGUGUGGGCCUGAUGAUCCCCUACAUGCUGGACCCCAGCUAUACCACAGGCAUCACCUGCCUGGGCUCUGUGUCUGCACUCUCUGCCGUCAUGGGCCUGACUCUGACAGCAGCCAUCGGUGGUGCAGACAUGCCGGUGGUCAUCACGGUGCUUAACAGCUACUCCGGCUGGGCUCUAUGUGCCGAGGGCUUCCUGCUCAACAACAACCUGCUCACCAUCGUAGGCGCCCUCAUCGGCUCCUCAGGGGCCAUUCUCUCGUACAUAAUGUGUGUGGCCAUGAACCGUUCCCUGGCCAAUGUGAUCCUGGGUGGGUACGGUACGUCAUCCACUGGGUCAGGAAAGCCCAUGGAGAUCGUAGGAACACACACAGAGGUCAACGUGGACCAAACUGUUGAAAUGAUCAAAGACGCCCAAAACAUCAUCAUCACUCCAGGUUAUGGUCUGUGUGCUGCCAAGGCCCAGUACCCCAUCGCUGAACUGGUCAAGAUGCUGCAGGAGCAUGGCAAGAAAGUCAGGUUUGGUAUCCACCCUGUGGCUGGUCGUAUGCCUGGGCAGCUCAACGUGCUAUUGGCUGAGGCGGGCGUACCCUAUGACAUCGUGCUGGAGAUGGAGGAGAUCAACGAGGACUUUGCUGAAACGGACCUGGUUCUGGUGAUUGGCGCCAACGACACAGUGAACUCUGCAGCCCUGGAGGAUCCCAACUCCAUCAUCGCUGGCAUGCCUGUCCUGGAAGUGUGGAAGUCCAAACAGGUGGUUGUAAUGAAGCGUUCUCUGGGAGUGGGCUAUGCUGCCGUGGACAACCCCAUCUUCUACAAGCCCAACACAGCCAUGUUGCUUGGAGAUGCCAAAAAGACCUGCGAAGCGCUACGGGCUAAAGUCCACGAGGCCAACCAGUGAGCUGUGGCCCGUCCAGUAGGACCUGGGCCCGUCAGACCGAGGUCUAGGGCAUCACACGUCCAGAGGGGGAGAGGAAUGGGCACAAACUAGCUAAUAGUUAGACGUAGCAUUAAUGUUGUCGUUUCCUCUCCUGGCAACAAGUUUUCCUCCUCCCUUUUUUUUCCUGAACAGUUGUUUACUAUGAUGAUGAGUAGGUGUUCUCUUCUUUCUCACCAGGAGCAUUUUCUUCUCAGCCUAUUUUUCAAAGCAAGGAAAUUCGUUCAUUUUCCAGUUUUAUACUGUAGUUAGAUUUUUUGUAUUUGACCUGACCAAAUCGUACCACAAGUGUCAAUUUGAUUUGCAUUUAGCUCCUUCGCCGAGCAGCAACUGUUAACUUCAAUGUAAAGCCAUUGUCAGUAAUAGUUACUCUAAUCACUAACUGUAUAUUGUUGUUUUUUCUUGAAUGCGUUUUGUGGACUGUGCUUAGUGUAAUGACCAGCUUUGUGAUGAAAAGUUUACACUUUUAGCACUACAGAGAUGUUGAAGGAACCUUGUAGAUUUAAGUUUAAUAAAAGAUGGGUAUCAUAAUAUGACUGUUGGAAUUUAUCAUCAAUUGUGAGAUUAUGGCUUAAUUUAGCAUGGAUACAUUUAUGAAUUGCUGAUUUGUCAAAUGGUUAGUUAGAGUCCUGCCAUGUCUGUGCCAAGCUCUUUCCUUAUGCCUUCAUCUAGACAUAAUCACUGUCUGUUUCCUUACUGGGACCUUAUACAAUGCAACUCUAUAGAGAAACUGACCAUGACAACAUCCCUACCUCUGCAUAGCUUCCUAACGCGACCAAAUUCGCCUUCCAUUCUCUUCUUUGUAAACCAUUCUCUUCUUCCACUAAUACUGUCUUUCCAGACUUGUAUCUGUCUUGCUAUAUUUUGCUUUGCAUAGAAAGGUUAACAUAUGAAGGGUUGUUAUUCACUUACACAUGAUGCCAUAGCAGACCUAGUUGGUGUUAAAUUGUCAUUUGCCCUAUUUCUGUCCAGUUUUCAGUCAUGAGGUAAAGUAAAGAACAACUUGAGGGAAACAAUUAUUUUUGAAAAUAAUAGUUGUGAAGAAAUGGCAAAAAAAAAUCCCACAAGUAUUUUUGUAUAGAGAAGAACCUAUUUGUAUAAUUGUUAAGGCUUACGCAGGCUUUGCUGCACAAAAACGUUCUAAUGUUCUAAUUUUCUAAUGGUGGGAAAUGAAUGAAAUACUGUGAAUGUUUUUCUCUCUGGUUUAUCAUGGAACAUCAUCCCUAAAUAAACCUUGAUUUAAUGGCACUUGGAAA